GCUCCUACAACUACAACUUCAACUACAACCUCAACUUCAACCACAACUUCAACCACAACUUCGACCACAACUUCAACUACUACUACUCCUAUAGGUUUCUGCACUCCUGCAGAGACUUACGAAAUGUGCCAGUGUUCUUACAUCAACACAGCUGUGGGUGAAAUAGUCUCCCCGAAUUACCCGAGCCAGUAUGGCAACAAUCAUAACUGCCAGAUGCGGAUCGUGGCUCCAGACGGCUACAUCCUCAUGUUCACUUACUUACUGUUUGAUUUAGAGUAUCAAAGUACCUGUACUUUUGACAGCUUCAAAAUCUACGACACCACUUUUGCGGAUGGGCCUAAAUUCUGCAGUACCAACACCCCGAACUUUACUGUCUCGUCGACCAACGACGUGACCAUAGUCUUCAAGACAGAUUCGAGUGUCCUUGACAAUGGGUUCCGAUUUACCUUUGAAAGCGUGGCACUCUAAUCCGAACUGGAUCCGAGAAAACCCUGAGGCUGACUCUGCGCAACACAGAACAACGGCAGAACAUCUGAAGAAGUGAUUGGAAAACAGAGAAAACACUGGGGGAAAAAACAGUAAAAACAAUGAAUAUACAUGGACCAUUGGCAAUGAUUUCUUUUAGAAGAGUCUGUCCAGUAAUUUUACGUUCGUUACAAACCUCAUAUGAUCAGAAAUCAAGCAGAAGUUGAACGAAUUUUAAAUAUUUUUAAAAUGCUGUCGUCAUUGUUGACAUUCGGUAUAAGAUCAAUGAUGAUAAAGAUGGUAUGACUUGCAAAUAUAGAAUUACUAACAGCAUCAUUAUUGAAACUAUGAAUAUGAUGAUAACAGCAACAGCAACAAUGGUAAUGAAAUAAUAAUGGCGAUGCUUUAUAUACGUUCAUUACUAAUUGACGAAUGAUAUCGAUAAAUGAAAAUUGGUAAAAACUAAUGAUUACCGUUAUAAAAAUAACAAUUAAAAUAACGAAGGAAAGCAGUUAACAAGAGUAUUAAGAAUAUGAAGGUAAAAAUUGUAUGAUUUGCACUAGCUUUCUCCCCCUAUACUACUUGCGUAAUAUUUGACGAACAAAUGCGAAGAAGAUUAUGAAGGAAAAACAAAAGGUCAACGAUUUGCAGUGAACGAAAAUAAAAUCUAGACAGAAAAAGAGUUAAUAGCCUUC